GUCGACUACAACAUGAACAACAUUUACUUGAUUGCUGCAGUGUUCUUGCUUGUCGUGGCAUUGGGACAAUCUCUUCCACAAUGGCAACUUAAGAAUGGUACCGGAUAUAUCUAUCCCGAAUAUGUCAAUUACACGUCUAACCACAACCAUAAUCAACAUGGAAAUUACAGCUUUCCAAACCAUAAUGGUACUCAUGGUAACCACAAUUAUCCUCAUCACAACGGCACCCAUGGUAAUCACAGUUUCUCUAACCACAACGGCACCCAUGGCAACCACAGUUACCCUCAUCACAACGGCACCCAUGGCAACCACAGUUUCCCUUACCACAACGGUACCUAUGGCAAUCACAGCUAUCCUAACGCAAACGGAUCUCGCAUCGUGUAUGAUGGGUCAACUUUUCUUUACGACAGGUGGACGCAUACUAUGGCAUUGCAUCUCGGCAAUUCCUGUUAUAUUAUGAUAUUGACACCUUACCAACAGAGCAUGCUCAACACGAACAAUGGCCUAACAUCGUUAGAGCUACAACUGAUGAAGAAGUUGAGUACGGGACACAAAUACGCUAUUGAUUUUCCGACUUUACUCUCCCUCGGAGAUAAGUUUGCUCCCUUAUGCCAUGGAACCAACUACCUACUGCGCGCUAGCUGAACGGGGGUGCUCACUACAUUGUGAUUUCUUCGGAGAAUGAAAGAUUCAAUUAAACACGUACAAAAACA